AUGGCCCUUGGGAAUAAUGAGAAGAAGUACAAUCUCAUAUUGAAAAUGAUUGAUCCGAUAUUUAAGAAGAAUCUUAGCGGAACGCUACAUAAAGUGGGCUACUUUUUGAAUCCUUAUUUCUAUUACCCGACUUACAUUGAGAUUGAUGGUGAUGAAAGCUUCAAGAAAGACAUGGUGGAGUGUAUACACAGACUCUAUCCUGAUGACCAUGCGACUUUCACAAAGAUUGGAGAUCAAAUACCUAAUUAUCAAGAACGCCUAGGGUCAUUUGGAGAUCAGUAUGGAAACGAUACUCCUGAGUUGAGAAAGAUGCCAAUAAAGAUUUUGGGCUUGACAACUAGCUCCUCAACUUGUGAAAGAAAUUGGAUUACAUUUGAGAUGAUUCAUAUGAAAAAGAUGAAUAGAUUAACUAAUAAAAAACUCCAUGACUUAGUCUUUGUUAAGUUCAAUGCAAUCUUGAAGAAUAAGCAUGCCUUUGGAGAUAGAGAUUCUUUAUCCGCCUACGAUGAUGAGGAAAGGGUCUCCGAAUGGUUGUUGGGUAAGGAGGGGAAUGAUAGUGAUGAUGAAGUAUUUCCAGGAGGGUGUUUGACUUUUAGGCAAGUUAGAGAUGUUUCUGAAGAUAAUCCAAGGAAGAGAAAGAGUGGAAGAUUGCAAAGGUAUAAAGGAAGGAAGAAGUCGGGAUCAUCUUCAUCGAAGGGAGAGGAGCUGGUGGAAGAUGAUGAGGAAGACGAGAUAAAUGCAAUAUGCAUGGAGUCGGAUGAGGAGGAUAAUCCUACUUUUAAUUCCAAUGAAGAUUGA